AUGGAUGUCCACAAGAAAAUGCUGGCCAAGAAGCUCAAGGCGCUCUACAACAUCCUCGAGCACCUAGACCCUCACCUUUGGCUCUCUCUCGACACCCGCUAUUGCGACGACCUGAAGCGUCCUGACCAUGACAUUGUCGAGCUCAAGGUGCCUGAAGAUGUCAGCCGCUUCAUCAAGGCUGGCGAGGACAUGACCGAAGCUCAAAGACACGAGGCCGGCAUCGACCGCCUGCUCACCACCAACGAGCACCUCCCUCAGCCUAGCGCCUACAACCCAGUCAGAACGCUUGGCGACCUCAGGAAGCUGUUGAAAUCGGGCUUUGUCCGCAAGCCCGAGAGCCCCAGAUGCCAGAAGUGGGACGAGUGCAUGUAUGGAGAGCUCAAGGGCUUUGGCUUCAUCAUCCAGCUGACCCUCGAGGACUUCCGCUGGGCUGUUGACGAGGCCUGGGGUCCUGCUAAGGCCUGA